UCUUUGUUUAGGCCAGCGUCGAUGAUUGUAGCAGCAUGAAAGUGCUCUGGCUAUUUUCUUCUUUGCGAAAAUGUUCGCAAAUAUCUCAAGUUGUUUCAACGCGCCCUCAAUGACGACUGUCAAAGCUUUUCAUUUUGUGCUUUCAUCAAUCUGAAGCGCAGUCUUAGCUCUCUCAGAUUGAGUUUGAAGUUGUUUCGGAGAACAAAUUCGAGUACAUGUACACUUGUUUGUUGUCCUUUGUGUGAUUUCGUCAAAUUGGGGCCGGAAAUUGUGCUUCUGGAAACCCUGGAAUAGAUGGUAUUUAAUGGACAGGGAAAAACACUUACCGGAUUGUAAGUGGGGAGCCUCAUGCUAUAGGAAAAAUCCUGAGCACUUACGAGAGUUUCGACAUCCUACAUCAGGGACACAGGCCAAUCAAUCGUAUGAGAAAACUUCAACUUCGCAGCAGUCAGCAUCUGCAGCUCUCGCAACUCUGACUCUACAAGAGGGCUCAAUUGAUACCAAGAAUUUAGUACUUUUGAUGCUGGUCGGUCCCCCAGGGGCUGGGAAGAGCACGGUUUGUCAGAAAAUUGUCCAAAUUGCAGUCCGUCCCUGGAAGCGUAUUUGCCAGGACGUGAUUUCAAAUGGGAAGCCUGGUUCUAAGCAGAAGUGUCUGAAGGAUGCAGCCGCUGCACUGUCUGCGGGAACCAGUGUCCUUAUAGACCGUUGCAAUAUCGACGUUUCACAACGCAAGGAAUUUCUUCAGUUAGCUAAAGAUAAGGGGGUAGAAUCCCAUGCACUGGUUCUUAACAUUCCGGUGAAAGAGUGCAUCAAGCGGGCGUCGGAACGGGUUGCACAUGAGGGGGGAUUAGAUGGUUCGAAUGCUGCAGGAAUCGCGCUCCGCUUUGCACGUUCACGAGUACCACCAAGUUUGGAAGAAGGCUUUGUACGCGUCACGUACUGCCGCACAGACCCAGAAAUUGAAAACAUUGUUUGUGUUUAUUCACAAUUAGGCUUUUGGGAUCAUCUCCCUUUGGGUGUAUUUGGUGCCAGUGUGCAGGAAGGAAAAGAGAAAUUAAAGUCUGUCCUCCAAAAUAAGGAAUCGAGUCUAAAGCCCACAUAUGAUAAACAAGAGUUGAGGGCUAAUUCUCUCACCCAAAUCAGCUUGCAAGGACCAAUGAACGUUGCUGGUAGCUCUCGUUCGAAUGAUGGAGAUGGAGAAACGAAGGCCAGCGUUGAAGAGCCGACAACUGGAAAAAGCAAGGAUUGGUAUGCAGCUGGAGCGAGAUCUCUAGCAUUUCCGUCUAUAUCAACAGCAGACUUUCAGUUUGAUCAUGGAAAGGCAGCAGACAUCAUUUUGGAAACUGCUGUUGAGUUCCACAGAAAACCAAAGCAUGCCGGGCUCAGACUUGUCUUUGUCGAUCUGUCUCCUAGUUCGGACAUGCUAAGUCGGGUUUCUGCGAAAGCUGCUGAAGCUGGCCUCUCGUCACUGCAGCUUCUCAUAUACGCUGGAGACAUAACGACAUUGCACACAACAGGAGGUCCGCGGUGCAAUUUUAUUGCUAAUGCAACAAAUUGGAGAUUGAAACCAGGUGGUGGUGGUGUUAAUGCAGCUAUUUUUAAGGCUGGUGGUUAUGAGCUAGAAAUGGCAACCAAAGCAGUUGUUCAAACUGUUGAACCUGGAGACGCUGUGGCAGUCCCUUUACCUGCUACAAGCCCUCUGCGGAGACUUCAGGGAGUAAGUCAUGUCAUCCAUGUACUUGGUCCCAAUAUGAAUUCCCAAAGACCAAAUUCCCUUGCUGGAGACUAUAAACAAGGUUGCGAUAUAUUACGUAAGGCUUAUAGGACACUCUUUGAGGUUUUCUCAUCAAUCGCGCUAAAGGAUGAAAAGGCCUCGAGUUCUCCUUACAAGCCAUUGGUUGAGCGGAGUACGAAACAAGGUAGUGGUCAGAGUUCUGUAGCUGGAGGUCAAUCUAAAACAAAUGGAUCCUCUAAAGCAGUUACUAAGAACGCCUUUACUCUUUUGAUGGAAAAUGCUAAGCGGAAGGUCGUAGGGGGGGUUGUGGAGUCUGAACGUAAACGGGAGCGAUUAUCUGCGUUGGAAGAUGAUAAUAGGAAUGACGUAGAUGCCAGUGCGGGAAGCCUCAAGACACAUGCAGUCGUUGGCAACCGUGUGGAACACUCUGGGGAAGGGAGUAAUACUCUGAGCCUUAUGGGUUCUGAGUUCAAGCUCAAGAAAAUUGACGAAGCUAGAACAUCUCAGCAAUGGUCAUCAUGGGCUCAGUCAUUGCGGAAUAUCGCAUUACAUCCUGACAAACACUCUCCCACUGUUCUAAAAAUUUCAAAGGACGCAGUGGUCAUUUCUGAUAAGUUUGCUAAGAGCAAGAAGCAUUUGCUGGUGAUCGCGCGUAAAGAUGGAUUGGAUUCAAUUACAGAUAUUGGCACCCAGGAUCUUCCCAUCCUCCAACAUAUGCAUACCCUCGGUGAGACUUGGGCAAAGCAGUAUAUUGACGAGGACCCUAGUUUAAUAUUUCGUCUUGGAUAUCACUGGGCACCCUCAAUGCGGCAACUACACAUGCAUGUGAUAAGCCAAGACUUGGACUCACCUUGUCUCAAAAACAAGAAGCACUGGAAUUCCUUUACCACUGGAUAUUUCCGGGACUCGCAAGACGUAUUGGCUGAAGUGAAAGAAAAAGGGCGAGUUAUGCCAUGUCCCCCUGAGGUAGAGGCGAGGUUUUUGAGUCUGGAGCUUCGUUGCCAUCGAUGCCGGAGCGCACAGCCAAACAUACCUCGUCUGAAGAAACAUGUGGCGACCUGCAAGGCUCCGUUGGAGUGCCCUUUUCUAAUCACUUCAGGCCCUGCACAAUAGUGACUGCCUUUUCACAUUUUACCUCUCGAAUAAAUUCCGAAUAGUGUAUAGAUCAUGUCACCACAGGCUUCGGAAUUUCGCUUGAUGGAUGCUUGAAUUAUUGCAAUCACUUCCAAGGUUUCAUCGCUUGAGAACUCUUUACUGUGAAGUUGAGUAUGCCUAGUAUUAUAGGACAGUAUAUGCUCAGUAUUAAAUUCAUGAAAAUGAUAUGUGCAUACUGUAGCAGAAUCGACUGUAUUUGGAACUUCUUUUAUCGUAUGAAUGGGGUGCGAUACUCUCCUCCAUGUGAUCUUAGAAAGAUAUUAUAUUCA